CUGUAUACUUGGCAGGCGGCGGCUAUACACAGACACAGAUAACGUCAACGCACAAUGGCCAUCACUACAGAGGAACGAUCGAUGAAUGUCGACUUCAAGCUCGGAGACCCGGCACUGAUGCCAUUCUUCUACAAACAUAUGUUCCCUUACAAGCCAUUGUUCCUCUGGCUCAAUCAGGACCAAAUCCCUAGCAAACUCUUCACUCAUCGUGAACUGGCCUUGACGCUUCAGAAUGAUGUCUAUCUGCGAUACCAGUCGUUCAAUACUUCAGAGGAGUUCAAGAAAUCCAUACGGGACUACUGUCCAUCUCGUUUCGAAAUUGGUCCUCAGUACACUGCCCGACCUCGAGACAGAAAGACACUUGCUGCUGGUGCUCUCCAGCCCCAAAGGCGAGAGCUUGUGUUCGAUAUCGAUAUGACCGACUACGAUGAGAUCCGAACUUGUUGUUCCGACAAGAAGAUUUGCAAAAAGUGCUGGGGCUUCAUUGCAGCCGCCGUCAAGGUCCUGGACCAUACACUGCGAGAGACGUUUGGUUUCAAGCACCUCAUGUGGGUGUACUCUGGUCGACGAGGUAUCCAUUGCUGGAUAUCGGAUCAGAAAGCCCUCGACCUCAACGAUGACCAGCGACGAAACCUGGUCAACUUUCUAGAAGUCAUCAAGGGUGGUAGUCAACAGAGCAAGAAGGUCAGCGUACGGGGCAAGGACGGCAAUGAUGCGCCCCAUCCGUACUUGCAAGAGACCAUCAUCACGCUCUCCCAGCUGUUCCCUCGACUCAUCCUCUACGAACAAGACUGCUUCCGCGAAGAAAAGGGAUGGGAGCUUUUGUUGGAGCUGCUUCCCGGAGACAGAGCUGUGAACUCUGUGCUGCGUACAAAGUGGGAGGCCGACCCCGGCCGCUCGAGCCACGAUAAAUGGAACGACCUCACUGCCAUUCUUCAUAAGAACAUCGAUACGCCUCUGGGGAACAAGAUCAAACACGCAAUUGAAGACAUCAUCCUCCAGUAUACCUACCCUCGAAUCGAUUCUGAAGUCUCCAAACAUCGGAACCACUUGCUUAAAUCGCCCUUUGUUGUGCAUCCCGGUACCGGCCGAAUAUGUGUACCUAUCAACCCGUCUAUUAUCGAUGAGUUCGAUCCAGAAACUGUACCCACUGUCAAUCUUCUCCACAGCGAGUUCAAUCAAUAUCAGGCUAGAAAGAAGGAGGAGGGUGCUGAAAGUACUGGGAGACGGAUGGAAGAUUAUGAGCAUACAUCUCUGGCUCCAUACGUCGGGAUGUUUGAAAAGCACAUCUCGGCCAUCAUGCGAGACAACAGGAAUGCGAAAAAGGCGGUGAAAAAGAACAACUUGGAUUUCUAGAGCGUCUUGUUUCGAAUAUUAGUAGAGCUUGUUGUAUUCUAUGCAUAUGUCUAUAUAGCCGU